ACCGCUUCUUUUCAGUCCCCUUGAAAUUUCUCCCGGUCCCCUGGCCUCGGUCUUGCGGACACUGCACUAAAAGAGAUGCACCCCGGAACAGCACACCUGGUUCGGAGAAGACGCCGGGUCUGGGACCUCAGGGUGCACAUCCUCCUCUUCCAGCGCCCGGGGUAGAUCUGACGAUGAACGAGCCCCGAGUGCCCGGCUCCGGCUGACACUGCCGUUCCGCACUUCCCUGCCCUCCCAGCCUCGCUUCCGACGUCAGUAAGCAGCGAGCUCCGGGAGGUUUAGGUUUAUCUGGCUCUACUUUGAGCUAGGCGCGAGGCUGACCUCCCCACCCCCGGGUUGGAGCAUGGCUGCGUCCCUGGACCCUCAGAUCGACGUCCCCCUGGAGGUGGAGGGAUGCUUAGUAAUGAAGGUGGAGAAGGAGCCCGAGUGGGCGGUGGAGCCCUCUCUGGAAGCGUCGGAGGGCUCCGAGUCCGAGACCUUCCGCAGAUGCUUCAGGCAGUUCUGUUACGAGGAUGUGGCUGGACCCCAUGAAGCUUUCAGUAAACUCUGGGAACUUUGCUGCCGGUGGCUGAAGCCCGAAGUGCGUUCCAAGGAGCAGAUCCUUGAGCUGCUGGUGAUCGAACAGUUUCUCACCAUUUUACCGAAGAAGAUUCAGGCGUGGGCGCAGAAGCAGUGUCCGGAGAGUGGAGAGGAGGCGGUGGCCCUGGUGAUACAUUUGGAGAAAGAGGCUGGAAGGCUAAGACAGCAGGUUAACAGCCCUGUGCACUCAGAGAAGCAGGCCCCACUGGGAGCAGCGUGGGAGGUAACGGACUUUCAGCCAGAGCAGGUGGAGACCACUGGAGUGGUGUCUCUGGAGGAAGCUGGAAGCCUCCACUCAGGACACAAGGAGCAACUGAACCGAAAGAGAGAGCAUCGGCCCUUACCCAAGAAUGCUCAGCCUUCUCCCUGGGUUCCUGCCCCUGCUCACGAAUGGAGCAGCAUGGAUCAGGAAGUAACAACCACACGACAACCUGUUGUGUCUCAGGGACCAGUGAAAGAUGUCCACAUGGCGAGAGGUUUUUCCUACAAAAAGAGCGUACAUCAGAUUCCCGCUCACAGAGACCUGUACCGGGAUAUUAGGAAAGAGAGUGUUGGGAACAUGGUCUCCCUGGGAAGUACUGCAUCUGCAUCUAGCAAUAUUGCCCGAUUGGAGCAAAGAAAAGAGCCAUGGACUUUAGGUCUACACUCUUCUAACAAAAGGAAUGUUAUUCUACGAAGCAACCACAUCAAGGAGAAGCCAGUUCAUGCCACUCAGAUCCCUGCACGAAGUGCGGGGAGAGUGUGGGGCGAGCAGCAGCACUGGGGUUUAGAAGACGAGAAGAUAGCAGGCGUGCAUUGGAGCUAUGAGGAAACAAAGACUUUCCUUGCCAUUCUCAAGGAGUCUCGCUUUUAUGAGACACUACAGGCUUGUCCCCGAAACAGCCAGGUGUAUGGGGCUGUAGCCGAGUGGCUGCGUGAGUGUGGCUUUCUCCGAACACCGGAACAGUGUCGGACCAAGUUCAAAAGCCUCCAGAAGAGCUAUCGGAAGGUGAGAAAUGGCCACGUGUUGGAACCCUGUGCCUUCUUUGAGGACAUGGACGCUCUGUUGAACCCCGCAGCCCAUGCUUCAUCUGCUGAUAAGCCAAAGGAGAUUCUCUCUCUCCCCAGACUAAAGAGAGUUGAUAUCAGUGCUAAAGAACAGAUCAAUUUGGUGGAGGAAGAAGAUGCCGCAGAAGAAUCUGAUGGUGAUGAAAUAGGCAUUGAAUUUAUCCGGAAGUCUGAGAUUCGUGGUACCCCUGUCUUGUUUCAGAACCUCAGUGGUGUACACUGGGGGUAUGAAGAAACCAAGACUUUUCUUGAUAUCCUCCGUGAGACUCGGUUUUACGAAGCUCUCCAGGCUUGCCAUCGGAAGAGCAAGUUGUAUGGGGCUGUGGCUGAGCAACUGCGUGAGUGUGGCUUUCUCCGGACACCGGAACAGUGCCGGACCAAGUUCAAAAGCCUCCAGAAGAGCUACCGCAAAGUAAAAAAUGGUCACGUGCUAGAGUCCUGCGCGUUCUACAAGGAGAUGGAUGCCCUGAUAAACUCUCGGGCCUCUGCUCCUUCCACCAACACCCCAGAAGAAGUCCCAUCACCCUCAGGGCAAGAGGGAGAGGAUAUUGAGAUUGAACCCCAGGAACCAAUAGGCUGGGAACCGGAGGAGGCCUCACAAGAGGCGAUGGCUGAAGAUUCUGGCAGCGAGAGAAUGAGUGAGGAGGAAAUUGUACAAGAGUCAGCAUUCCAGGGGCCUCCAGGUCUACUGCCAAGCCCAAGUGAUUUCGAAAUUGGAGGUAGUUUCAAGGAGGACACAACACAGGUAAUAUAUAAGGACAUGGAGCAGCAUAGGGCAUUAAUAGAAAAGUCUAAAAGGGUCAUUUCCCAGAAUGCUGAUCCAGGUAAAUACAGCAAAAGGGAAUACAUCUCAGGAAGACAAUGGGAAAACUUUCAAGGAAUCAGACAGGGGAAGCUGAUGUCUCAGCCUAGAGAUUUAGGGAAAGCUGUAGUGCAUCUGAGGCCUUUCAUGGGGAAGAGACCCUACCGACUUCUCAAAUAUGGAGAAAGCUUUGGAAGGAAUGCUCGUCUUAUGUGCCGAAUGACCCACCAGAAGGAAAAUCCUUAUAAAUGCAGUGUCUGCGGAAAGUGCUUUGGUAGAAGCAGAAGCCUAAUCAGACAUCAAAGAAUCCACACUGGAGAAAAACCCUUUAAAUGUCUUGACUGUGGGAAAAGCUUUAAUGACUCCUCCAACUUUGGUGCCCACCAGAGAAUCCACACAGGGGAGAAGCCCUACAGGUGUGGAGAAUGUGGAAAAUGCUUUAGUCAGAGCUCGAGUCUUAUCAUACAUCAGAGAACCCACACUGGAGAGAAGCCCUAUCAGUGUGGGGAGUGCGGGAAGAGCUUUACCAACAGCUCCCAUUUCAGCGCCCACCGCAGGGUUCACACUGGCGAGAACCCCUACAAAUGUGUGGAUUGUGAAAAAAGUUUCAAUAACUGCACACGAUUUCGAGAGCAUCGGAGGAUCCACACUGGAGAGAAGCCCUACGGCUGUGCCCAGUGUGGCAAACGUUUCAGUAAGAGUUCUGUCCUCACCAAACAUCGGGAGGUUCAUUCAAGGGAAAAGCUUCUGCCGCACCCACCAUCCUCAUGUUCCCCAGAGAACCUGCCUAAGGGAAAGACUGAUGAAUUCAGGAAAACUUUUUGACGUUGACCUCUUCUCCUCCUACGUGCCCCCAUUAGCCAUUUUACCCCAGCCUCACCGUUAGAAGCAAUCUUUUCUUAGCUAUGAAGUGUAAUUCCCAAGAUGAGCUUGAGAAUAAACUAUGGGUCCACCUCAUGUUCUCACCUCUGCCUCUAACUUGACCAGUCCGUUCCUCUCAACUUCUCCCUUAGCAAAGUGGAGAAGAUGUCCUGUGUGGGUUCAGAAUGACAGUCCCUUCAGGAUGUCGAGACCUCUGCUGUGGGAUUGCCAAAUUCAGCACCAUUCAAGGUCACUCCACAUGGGGGAAGAGUUGUUUUCAAGCAGACCCAACAUGCUGAAAGUUCCUGUUGCCCACCACAUAGGAUCCUGGACCCAACCUGAUCACAGAUCUCUUGUUCGGGUAGAACUUUCAGGAGUCUGGUCAGAUUGACACCACAUCUUAGUUUUGAAGAUAAAAGGGACAUUGAGAUUGUAGCGCUUCCUUCGGAAGUCUGUUGCACUAUAUACCCUUUUGGUCGAGGUGAUCCACACUGCUAGGGUGGAGUCCCUGUAUUGUCAAUGAAACCAUGUAACUAACACCUCAGCCUCCACAGAGAAGAGAAGCACCUGCUCACCCACCAUGCCAACCUUCUCCAGACCUGAAGACCAAAACCCCCUGGGCUGCUGCUUCUCCAUCCUCUGAUCCAGUUCCUCUUACCAUUUCUUGUAAGUCCUACACUUACCUCCAGGGUGUUCUGGAUGCUCUCAUCUGACUCUCCUGAACCACCAGGCCCUCUCCAGAGUAAAGAGGAUGCAUGUCCAUGGUGGGUCUCAUUAAAGUAGAAUCUUCACUCAGACACAUUCUACUCUACAACUGCUCUGGUUCUUACCUAGAACAUGACUGGCAUGUUGGCAUAUUUCAUGCCCCCCAGCCCCAAUACUUUAGGAAUAUUAUAUUAAUGAUAGUUUUCUCAAACUUUAAGGGAAUAGGGAAAAAGUGCAGUAGAAACUGAAAACCUUCACUGUUUCUAAGACCAAUCAGACUCCUUAGGCCUGCUCUAGAUCAGAUAGCCACCUCAUUCAGACCGUGACCUCCAGGGCUAUUUGUUAAAUACACCAUCCUUUUCUGAGUCUUCUAGUCCGUGUUCUUAGAAUCAUCAACCCAAUUGUAGAGCCCUGAGUAAUUUAUAUAACUCUAUAGCUUACUGAGUAAACAUGGAAGGAUUUACAGAAACCUCCAAUCUAGAACACUAUUGUCAUUUUCCUAUUUGAAAAAUCUCUUUGAUAAUUCCUUAGCACUAACCCAAUAGGUCUUGAAGGAAGAGCCAAAAUGGGGAGGGGAGAGACAGGGAAGUAGUUGAUUCAUUUCUGGAAGUUACAGAUGAAACCAAGAAAUCUGAACUUCCAAGGGUGGUUGCUCCAGGAUGAGGCCAGUGACAUUUAUACCCUUAGUACAUAGGUAACCCUGGAGGUGCGGGGAGGGAGGGUUUGAUUUGGGAAACAGGUCCUAAGUUUGGUGGAAAGACAGCCACAGUCAGAGCUGUGCAUAGCUUCUUUUGAUCUUAUCUCUUCUCUGCUUUGUCAGAUGUUCUCUUAUUUGAAGACAUCUGGAGAUAAUAUUUUUCCUUUGAGUAUGUUUGAACCUUUCAAAGCCUAUUCAACAUUGUACCAAGUGGGGUAGGCAGCGUAGAAAGAAAUCCAUUUCAUGGUGCCAGUAUAGGAUGUGGCCUGCUGGAUGGCAGGUGACUCAGGUACACAUUGAUACAUGUUUCUGAUUUACAUUUGUUGGAGAUGUUACAAUUGUUCACACCUCGGUAGGUUGGUUUCCUGCGUGUGGUCUGAAUUAUAGACUUCUAAUGGUAAGUGCAGUGUCAUGUCAUUAGUGUGCCUAGCACAGUGAGAUGCGUGCGGUGCCCGUGGGCGUGUGCUUGUAUUGUGUAGAUGUUCCGGAAUUCCAGCUCUAGAGAAGAUGCACAUGAAUAGAAAUAAAUCUCCACUUAGUAAUACAUACACAGGAUUGCUACUUAUAUCAAAGCAUGAUUCAGGAAAGUAGAUGAUUUAUGCAUAAGUAUUUAUUAAGUACUGUUAUGUGUAAGGCCAUGUUCCAGGCUCUAUGAGAGGAAGCAAAAAUAGAAAAGGACAUGGUGCCCCUACUCAAGGAACUUGCAGUAUGACAGAGGAGGCAUUCCGGCAAAAGGUAAUUAAUGCCAUUCACCUUCAUGUCACUUGCAAAAGACCAAUGACUCAAGCAUGAGAAAAUCACCAUCGCUUGCAAAAGAAUUUUUCUGAAUUGCCUAAAAUUGUAUACCUCUGCCUCUCAGAUGUCCCCAGUGGCAGAAAAGGUGCAGGACCGAUUCCAUCUCCAGUGGAACAGACCAAGUCUGUGUGAGUUUCACAUGUCUGGGGUUACACAAAGGUGGAACCCAAGUUCCCUACCUAUAGUCCUAGUGGUAAAUUGGCUUUUGGACGUGGGUUAAAUUGCCUUCAUGAACUCUGUCUCUGCUGAAGAAAUAGAAGAUCCUACUUAUCAUCUUAGACCAAGACAACUUGCAUUUUGUCUUUUUUCAACUGGAACAUGAAAGUCAAAAUGAAUAGUGUAUGUCUUUUGUAUCACAUAACAUUGCCUUUAUGAAGAUCCAUAGGAAAAGAUUUUUUUCUGGGUCUUGGUACCAGGGAAAGCUCUGAUCCUAAGCAGGAAAGAAAAUUACAAACACUGUGAUUUUUAUAACUUACUGCUUUUCUCUCUUUGUUCUGGCUGCUGGAAAGCUCAACAAAACAUACAAGCCACCUCAACCAACUACCUAAAACCUAUAUUUGUUUAAUCCUAUUUCAUUUCUUUGAAGAUUACCCCAAUUCCUAUUUUUUAAAAGUCGUAUGAACAAAUGGACAUUUUAUUCUCUGACAUCUUAUCCAAGGCACUUUGGAAACUGGCUUGUAUUCCCUGCCUACACUUGCUUUGUUACCCCCACAAAUACCUCCAGUUCCUACCAGUGAUUUUAAUACACAUACAACCUACCUUGUUUAUAAAUCUUCUUUAAAAUGGAAACUUCACACAUAUGCUUAAGCUGUUCAGGGCAGCCUGCCCUGGGGGAGCAAGCAUUAGACCAGAAGCCAAAAGGGACACGUUUUAGUCUUGUCACUAUCGCUUAACCGAGUGUUGUUUGACAAACCUCAGCCUCUCUGGGCCAGUGUUCCUUAGCUGAAGAGACAUGGAACUUGAUUGCCAAGACUGCUCUGGCUCUAAUAUUUAGUGAGACAGCAGGGCGUGGUAUAGGUGAGGAAGAGGUCAUAAGACCAGGUAGCCCUCCUGGCCCACCGCUGCAGGCCGCAUCCCAGGCUAUACUUCAUACUUUAGGAAGAAGGAGGCUGUGAGCAGCCCAGGAGCUUGCGCAGUGAGGAGAAAGACUCAUCAUUCAUGUUCACCAGAAGGCAACUUGUGAAGCUCCUUGGUAGCCGAUGGCAGGUAGCUGCAGUGAAGAAAGCCUGUAUGUGAGGUCUCCUGCUCAGCAAUGCACGAGACUCAGCUGUGAAGGAGCUGGGGCAGCCCCAAAUGCAAGGCAUGUGUGAGCAGCUUGCACAGCUGUUGGCUUUGGCCUCUGAGUGCAUUCCAGGUAUCAGUGUAUGUCUCUUCAUUGUUUUGUAUUCACAUUCACUUAGAUGUCUUCUUGAAAACUUGUAUGUGAAAUAAAUGUCUAAAAUAAGUGA